AGCAAACACGAGAGUUUGUUUAUGAUUGUUGAUCAAUAAUAGACAGAAUUACAUUCAGGAUAUUUUGGCAGUCACAAUGACGACUUUCGUGCCGAGUGUUCACAUACGAGAUGGGGAAUAUACCAAGACAAUUUAUACAAUGAUAAAAGAGCAAAAAUAUGCGGAGAGUAUACAGAUAUUGUCGGAGCUCCUGGUGACACAUGCCGAAUCACGUCCAUGUUUAUCCCUCCUCGCUCACUGCUACUUCUACACCCAAGACUUCCUGGCAUCAGCCGAAUGCUAUGAAAAGCUCAUCCAACUCUGUCCAGACGAGAACACCUAUCGUCUCUGGUACGCCCAGUCUUUGCAGCAAGCUUGCAUGUAUCAGGAAGCCUGGACCGUCUGUGCCAGCAUCGCAAGUAGCAGUAAACUCGAGUCCAAAGUAAAAAAAUUACAGGCAGCAAUUAAAUAUGGACAAGAAGACAUUCUCGCUGUCAAGGGUCUUAUCGAUCAGUGCAAUGCCGAUGAUGCCGAUACAGAAGUCAAUCUCGGAUGUUUGACGUACAAAGAGGGGGAGUAUGAGAAGGCUUUGAAGAAAUUCUUGGGGACCCUUCAGAUAACUGGCUUCAAGCCUCAUUUAUCGUACAAUGUUGCUCUUUGUUAUUAUAAGUUAAAGGAGUAUGCAGCUUCUUUGAAGCACAUUGCGGAUAUAAUUGAACAAGGAAUACGUGAACACCCAGAACUGAGUGUUGGAGACAGAACUGAGGGAAUUGAAGUUCGAAGUGUGGGAAAUACUCUGACUCUCCACGAAACAGCAUUAACAGAAGCUUUUAAUUUGAAAGCAGCAAUAGAGUAUCAGCUGCAGAAUUUUGAAGCUGCUAGAGAAGCUCUAACAGACAUGCCUCCACGCUCAGAGGAAGAGUUGGACGCUGUGACUCUCCACAAUCAGGCCCUCAUAAAUAUGGAUACUAAACCAGCUGAAGGAUUCGAGAAACUCCAGUUUUUACUCCAGCAAAAUCCAUUCCCCCCGGAGACAUUCGCCAACUUAUUAAUAUUGUAUUGUAAAUAUCAGUACUAUGAUCUUGCUGCUGAUGUUCUCGCUGAAAAUGCUGAUUUAACUUGGAAAUAUUUGACACCUUAUUUGUACGAUUUCCUGGAUGCUCUGAUAACCCAGCAAACCGCCCCUGAAGAGGCCUACCGUAAACUUGAUGAUCUAGCCAACAAACACUGCGAAGCCCUGCGGAAAGCCACGAAGCAGGUCCAAGAAGCAAGACUAAAUCACGACGAGAAUGCCACUAAAAAAACUGUCAAUGACUUUGACGAAGUUUUGGAGCGUUACGUGCCAGUCCUAAUGGCACAGGCUAAAAUCUACUGGGAUCUGGAGAAUUACGUUCAAGUCGAGAAGAUAUUUCGGAUGAGUGCUGACUUCUGUAAUGAUCACGACGUCUGGAGACUGAACGUCGCGCAUACUUUGUAUAUGCAGGAGAAUAAGUUUAAGGAAGCCACAGGAUUUUACGAGCCUAUUGUCAAGAAAAAAUAUGACAAUAUUCUCGAUACAAGUGCUAUCGUACUAGCUAAUCUUUGCGUCAGCUACAUCAUGACAGCAAAGAAUAACGAAGCUGAAGAACUGAUGAAAAAAAUUGAAAAAGAGGAAGAAACUGUUGCCUUCGAGGAGCAAGACAGGAAGCUGUUUCACUUGUGCAUCGUCAACAUGGUCAUUGGGACGUUGUACUGUUCAAAAGGGAAUUAUGAGUUCGGUAUAUCGAGGGUGAUGAAGAGCCUCGAGCCUUACAACAAAAAGUUGGGGACAGACACCUGGUUCUACGCGAAGAGAUGUUUCUUGUCGCUUCUGGAGCAGUUGGCCAAGCAAAUAGUUGUCCUGAAGGAUUCAAUAAUUCAGGAGUGCAUACAAUUUCUCGAGCAUUGCGAGGUAUACGGUAGGGAUGUGUCCACGAUCAGUGAGCAGCCAUUCGUGUUUGAUGAAUUGUCGGCGAUUCCCCAAGGGAAACGAACAGUCACGUAUGAAGCGAGAUUUUUGAAGGCAUUAUUUUUAAAAAUCCAGAUGUCAUAAAAAUAAAAUCAUAUUUUAUCGCACGGUGAAGAUUAAAUGUGGACAUUCGUAUGAAGAGUCACCUUUAAAAUUUUCCACGUCGAACGGGGCCACUUGCAGGACUUUACCUUUAUUAACAGGAUGAAAUUACAUUUGUAUCUUUAAAUUGUUAUCUGUCAUAUUUUGUAUGUUUCCGUGUGUAUAGAUCCUUAAAAACAGGUCAAUAAAUGAUUUCAAAUUCA